GUUCGUGAAAAAGAGGCACUAGAGGGUGAAGUGACGAAAAUACCCCUGACAAGAACUUUUGGGAAGGCCCAAUCUUUGCGUUUUGGGCCAAUGGAGGUUCGCAGUUAGGCCCAAGUUUUGUCUUAUAAGUCAUCACAUUUGAUCGGAGGUCGUUUUCUUCGUCUUUCCUGGUUUAAGGACGAUUCGAUUCAGCCAUGGCGGCAAAAUCGGCGACGCAACGGCGGAGAUCGGAAGGCGUGGCGGCGAAACUUCUCAGGAAUAAAAAAUUCGUCUUCGCCGGCGCUUUGCUUUUCGCCGAUGCGGUGCUCGUCGCCCUUAUUAUCGCUUACGUCCCUUAUACAAAGAUAGAUUGGGACGCUUACAUGUCUCAGGUCAGUGGGUUUCUGGGCGGGGAAAGAGAUUAUGGGAACUUGAAAGGUGACACAGGGCCAUUGGUCUAUCCAGCUGGGUUUCUGUAUGUUUAUUCUGCAAUCCGUUAUGUUACUGGUGGAGAAGUUUAUCCAGCUCAGAUUUUGUUCGGCAUUUUGUACAUCCUAAAUCUAGGAAUCAUCUUAGUGAUCUACGUGAAGACCGAUGUGCUUCCUUGGUGGGCUCUUAGCCUGCUUUGUCUAUCAAAACGAGUGCACUCUAUUUUUGUUCUCCGCCUUUUUAAUGACUGUAUUGCUAUGAUGCUCCUUCAUGCUUCACUGGCUUCGAUUCUUUACCAGAAGUGGCAUCUUGGGUUGAUCAUUUUCAGUGGGGCUGUUUCAAUAAAGAUGAAUGUGCUUCUUUAUGCUCCUCCUCUAUUACUCCUCAUGUUAAAGGCUAUGGAUAUUAUUGGAGUAAUCUCUGCUUUAGCUUGUGCUGCUCUGGUGCAGAUACUUUUGGGGCUGCCUUUUAUCAUAUCUCAUCCAUUUUCGUACAUAUCAAGAGCCUUCAAUCUCGGGCGUGUCUUCAUCCAUUUUUGGUCAGUUAAUUUUAAGUUUGUUCCAGAGCCAAUCUUUGUGUCGAAGUCAUUUGCAGUCUAUUUGCUGAUUGCUCACCUCUUAUUGCUCAUAGCUUUUGCUCAUUAUAGAUGGUGCAAGCAUGAAGGAGGGAUUCUGAAUUUUUUGCAUUCUAUAAUUGCCUCGACAAAGUUAAGAUUUGCUCUUGCAAGUUCAACCUCUUCGAAGAAUUCCUCUAGUAGUCACAAAGCCUUGAAGAUUCUCAAGGCAGAACAUAUCGUCACAACAAUGUUUGUUGGGAACUUCAUUGGCAUUAUAUGCGCUCGAUCACUGCAUUAUCAAUUCUACUCAUGGUACUUCUACAGCUUACCAUAUCUCCUGUGGAGGACGAGCUUUCCUACGUUGUUACGUUUGAUUUUGUUUAUAGGAGUGGAGUUCUGUUGGAACGUGUAUCCGUCAAAUGUGUACUUAUCGGCCCUCCUGCUCUGUCUCCAUUCAGUAAUACUGUUUGGUCUGUGGACUGCCCCAUCUGAGUAUCCUUAUGUGAGCCAAAAAGAACCGACUACAAACAAGGAGGAAUGAAAUACAUUCAUGUUUUCUGUUGUUCCCUUCUUCCCCCUUUUUUUUUUCUCUCUUUUUUUUUUUUUUUGGAAGUGUAUUUAAUCAUAUAGAUUUAGACUACAAAGAGGACAAAUUUUUUUCCCCUAUGAAUUGAAUAUGUAACAGAAGAGAACAACUAACUUAUUUUCUUUCCUUGUUUGUUUUCAUUUUCCGAUGUUUGCUAUGUAUGUU